UAGUUAUUAUUAGCUUAUUUGCAUCCUUAAUGAAACGUUGUCUCUCUUUGUCUCCACAUGCACCCUCCUGUUCGUGCGCAUGGACUUUGCUUUCUCAAUUAUUAUAUAACUAGUUUCUUGCAUGUGAUGCUGCUCUCUCAAGCAAAAACAGCUCAUAUUCGUCAGUCCUCGCCAUCAUUAAUAAUCAUCUUCACUUAUCAUUGUCAUCUAGUACUUUUGCUUUUCUCGCUGUAGUCUGAUUUCCCAAGGAUGUAACUGAUUCUGUCUUCUUCUUCUUCUUUUGCUUCUUGGUAUUGAAUAUUCAUGGGGAUUGUUAAGAUUGUUUUACGGGGAAGACAGAGGGACUAAGAGUUAAGCUGACUAGUUGUAGAUGUGGUGGAUCUUUGGCAAGUUUUGAAGUGUUCUUCAUUCAAUCAAAACUUUGCUGUUCAGUUGCAAAUGUGCUCAACAGUUUGGUUCUGAGAGAAUGAACAUGAACAAGGGCCUGUUCUUCAUUUUAUGUGCUUUUCUCUUCUUUGGAGCAGUUUUCUUGCCAACCACCGCUGACCCGGUUGAAGAUAAGAAAGCUUUAUUAUAUUUCCUUCACAAUAUUCAUCUCUCUCGCCCUGUCAAUUGGAAGGAGAGCACUUCUGUGUGCAAUAACUGGACUGGAGUGUCCUGUAGCAAUGAUCACUCUAGAGUUACAGCCCUCGUGUUGCCAGGAGUAGGAUUUCGUGGCCCAAUUCCACCCAACACUCUUAGGCGUUUGUCAGCAAUUCAGAUCCUGAGCCUCGGAUCUAAUGGUAUAUCAGGUUCUUUCCCUUAUGAUGAACUAUCCAAACUCAAGAACUUAACCAUCCUUUUUCUUCAAUCCAACAACUUCUCUGGCCCAUUGCCUUCAGAUUUCUCAGUUUGGAAUAAUCUCACAAUUCUUAAUCUUUCCAAUAAUGGCUUCAAUGGGAGCUUUCCUCCUUCAAUAUCAAAUUUGACCCACCUCACAUCUUUGAACCUUGCUAACAACUCCCUUUCAGGCAAUAUUCCUGAUAUAAAUGUCUCUAGUUUGCAACAGCUAGAAUUAGCCAACAAUAAUUUUACUGGAAGUGUGCCCAAGUCUCUUCAAAGAUUUCCAAGUUCUGCAUUUUCUGGUAACAUUCUUUCAUCAGAAAAUGCCCUUCCUCCUGCUCUUCCAGUUCAUCCACCAAGUUCUCAACCAUCAAAAAAAUCCUCAAAACUAAGGGAACCUGCAAUCCUGGGGAUUGCUCUAGGUGGCUGUGUACUUGGGUUUGUGGUUAUUGCUGUGUUGAUGGUUUUGUGCCGCUUUAAGAAAAAUAGGGAAGGUGGGUUAGCAACAAAGAAGAAAGAAUCGUCUUUGAAGAAAACAGCUUCAAAGAGCCAAGAGCAGAACAACAGGCUAUUUUUCUUCGAGCAUUGUAGUCUUGCAUUUGACUUGGAGGACUUGUUGAGAGCAUCUGCAGAGGUGCUUGGGAAGGGAACGUUUGGAAUAGCUUAUAAGGCCGCGCUCGAGGAUGCAUCCACAGUGGUGGUGAAGAGGUUGAAGGAAGUGACUGUGCCCAAAAAGGAGUUUGAGCAGCAAAUGAUUGUGGCUGGGAGUAUUAGGCAUGCGAAUGUGUCUCCACUAAGGGCAUAUUACUAUUCCAAGGAUGAGAGACUUAUGGUCUAUGAUUUCUAUGAAGAGGGCAGUGUGUCUUCAAUGCUACAUGGUAAGAGAGGGGAGGGCCACACUCCUAUAGACUGGGAAACAAGGCUGAAGAUCGCAAUUGGUGCAGCAAGGGGCAUUGCUCAUGUCCACACGCAGAAUGGUGGCAAACUUGUCCAUGGAAACAUAAAAUCCUCAAACAUUUUCCUCAAUUCCCAAGGAUAUGGCUGUGUGUCCGAUAUCGGUUUGGCAUCACUGAUGAGCCCAGUGCCCCCACCAAUGAUGAGGGCUGCAGGCUAUCGAGCCCCAGAAGUAACAGACAGUAGGAAAGCAGCCCAUGCAUCUGAUGUCUACAGUUAUGGGGUCUUGCUACUUGAGCUUCUCACAGGAAAAUCUCCCAUGCACGCCACAGGUGGUGAUGAAGUUGUUCACUUGGUGAGGUGGGUGAAUUCUGUGGUAAGAGAGGAGUGGACUGCUGAAGUAUUUGAUUUAGAGCUCUUAAGGUAUCCCAAUAUUGAGGAGGAAAUGGUAGAGAUGUUACAAAUAGGAAUGGCUUGUGUGGUGAGGAUGCCAGAGCAGAGACCCAAAAUGCCUGAUGUGGUGAAAAUGGUGGAGGAAAUUCGGAGACUAAGCACCGACGACCGGCCAUCCACUGAAAGUAAAUUAGAAAUUGCAGUCGCAACCCCAUCACCACAGACAACUGAAGUAGCUUCUACCUCUUCAGCUCAACAGUAAUAUUGUUUCUUCUUGCUAUUAGUUGCAAUACAAUUUUUGUUUUCCAUUAAUUGAACUGGGCUGUUUGUUUCAAUUAAUUGAGUUUAUUUGUAUA